AUGGGCCGGGGGAAAAGCCCGUUCGACGGGAUUAGGUCCGAGCCCGGUUAUUGCCCUGUUGUCUUCUCCAUUUUUGCUUACUCGAAGGUUCGAAGACUCUCUCUCUCUCUCUCUCUCUCUCUCUCUCUCUCUCUCUCUCUCUCUCUCACACACACACACACACACACACACACACAAAGGCAGUGUUGCUGAGCUCUUGAGGUGGUAUUGCAGAGUUCUCUUCCUCGUCGGCGAGCUGGUGACUUGCUCUCCCUCUUUCCGCUGUUACUGGGUUUGAUCAGAUAGGCUUCACCGUCACCCGACACAGCCAUUGUCGAGAUGCAGCAGGCGGCCGACUGCCCCACCUUCAAGCUCGUCAUCGUCGGCUAUGGAGGAACCGGUGACCACACCCCUCUCUCUCUCUCUCUCUCUCUCUCUCUCUCUGAGUUUGCCAGUAGAGGUCGGGAAGCGGUACUCUCAGUGCCAAAGAAGAGAAGCUAUAUGAAUGACCAAGCAGCCCAUUGAGAGGGGAAAGAAGUAUAUGGGUGACUACCAAUAUACUUGCUGGGGUGUUGAUUCAUCAUUUAUACAUAUCAAUGCAACCUUAAAUACAUGCAGAGUAGUAGAAGUGUCACCAAAGUACCACAAGUGACUAGUAAAGAUUAUCUUGUUCAAUUUUGAGAUCCGUUUCAAGUUCAUAAAUGAAAAUUGAGUGACAAACUUCCUGUCAUGUGCAUCGGAGCAUGUAUAACUUCAGCCAAUGUCAAUAUUUCAUCUAAAACUAUUAGACCUUUGAUCAAAUUACUCAAGAAAACACAAAAACCUUCAAUUUCGGAGGAUCAUUGAUACACUUCUAACUAAAUUAGAAAAGUGGAAGCAUCAUGCAAUCCAACAUAGUCAUUUAUUCCACAUAGGCAUAUAAUACUCCCACAGACAUUAAAACUCAUGCCACUACUGUUGCAUGAAUUUCACGAUUAAACAAUCAAUGGUCACUUUGAUUUUCAACUAACAUAUCUCUAGCUCAAAUGCAACGUUUGAUGGAUGAGAAUAAAAGAGCAAGUGUAGCCAUGACGAUAUAUACAACUUAUCAAGACAAAAAGGUGGACACUCUCUUACCAAUAAGACUCCUCCAGCCACUACUAAGACCAUAGAGAAUCUACAAGGAUAUCACAAUAGAUUUCAUCAAAGGCUUACCCUCUUUCGAUGACUAGAAUGAUGUCAUGGCCAUUGUAGAUCGCUUCAGUAAGCAUGUGCAUUCUGCAGCUCUUGGACAUUUACUUUCUAGUUAUGUCAUAGUAGAAAUCUUCAUAUGACAUCAUCCAUUUGCAUAAGUUUUCAGCGUCAAUUAUGACAUACUAUGACCACAUCUUCAUGAGCAACUUGUAACAAGCUCUAUUCCAUCAACAAGGCACAACACUCUAGUGGGCAAGUGCUUCUCAUAUGCAGAUCGACGACUAGUUGGACGUGGUCAAUCGUGGACUAGAAAUGUACCUUUGCCACUUUGUCAGAGAACAUCCUAAGUAAUGACAUAAAUGACUUUCUUGAGGGGGGGGAGGGGGGAAUCUAGUUCAACACGAAUUACAACUGCUUCAUGGGAACCACCCAUUUCCAUAUCGUCUAUGGAGGAUGCCAUGCACCAACUCAAGCAAUACUUGGAGCAUGCGCAAUCAAGGAUGAAGGCAUUUGUGAACCGUCAAUGACGUGAGCUCGAGUUUGAUGUCAGAGACUAGGUCUACCUUUGUCUCCAGCCAUUCAAAAUCAUAGGGCGUAUUGGGCCAGUCGCCUACCAGCAAAAACGCUUAUCAGCCUGUGUCCACCUUGUCUUCCACGUGAGGACAAUGAAACAUUUGCAACAUUACUAGUAAACGACGAGCUGCGCUGGAUGGCAGAGCCAAGUGCCCUCUAGGACAUCCAGCAUCGUGCUAGUGGGCCGGAACUCUUAAUCCAAUGGGAUGACCUGAAGCCCUUGAAAGAAAUGUGGGAACCUGCUCGAGACAUCCUCUAACAGUUUCCGAAUUUCUAACUUGAGAGCAAGGUACGAGAAUUAGGGGAGAAUAUUAUUGAGUCCUUAGUGGCCACAGGUGGUCCAAGUGGAAGGCGCUCGCCUCAAACCCAAGCCAAUCUAAACAAGGAGUAGGAUCUGACUGGACGGGUGGCGAGCAGCAAACCAAGAAGAGACCACGAAUCAACUGAAACAUAUCCCGUGAAUGAUGGUGGUACGACAGAUCUAACAUGAUAGGUUGUGCGGGGGACGGACGGAUCCAGUGAUGUCCCACGAUAAUCUCAAGACCCAACCAAGAUGGAUAACAUUAAGUACCACGUUCCAUUAGAUGUAGCCAUUAGACUGGAACUUAGAGACAUGUCUGAUGGAGAUGGGGAAGCGGUUUUCUCAAGGCCAAAGAAGAGCGGUUAUAUGAAUAACUAAACAGCAAAUCAUGGGGGGUAGGAAGUAUAUCAGUGACUCCGUCUAGAGUUGGAGAUUGGCCAUCUCACAUCGGCUACCUCGAGACCUAGGAAGUCUCAGUUCCCCUUUCCCUAUCUUCCUUGUAUUACCAAGUGAUCUUCCUUUGUACAUUUUUCAAUAGGUCAGGUUAUUUUAUGGAACCAGUCUUCGUUAUCUCAAUUUUAUUCGUCGGAGAGCCCUCAUCAGUGGCCUCAUCCAUUAAUCGGACUUCAUCUUUCAGGGAAGACUACGUUUGCCAUGAGGCAUCUGACUGGGGAGUUUGAAAAGAAAUACGAGCUUAUGCCUCUUUUUCACCAGUUUCGGGUAGAAGGGCAUCUACCCAUCUCCUCAAUGUUUUCUUCUUUUUUUUUUUGCAGCAACCAUUGAGGUUGAGGUCCACCCCUUGGACUUGUUCACGAACCGUGAGAAGAUCCGCUUCAAACUCUUGGGACACGGCUGGGCAGGAGAAAUUCGGCGGCCUCAAGGAUGGGUACUAGUAAGUCUUCCAUUCUUGAUUGCUUUGAGAUCUGAGAUGUCGGUCUGUGCGGUGGAUGAUCGGCGACGACGUCAAGACCAUGGUCAGGAACAAAGUCGCCGUCAAGAACAACCAGGUGAAUGCGAAGAAGGUGACCUUCCACCGGAAUAAAAACCUCCAGUACUACGAGAUUUCCACGAAGAGCAAUUUCAACUUCGAUAAGCCCUUCCUCUAUCUGGCCAGAAAAUUCGCCGGGUGAGGAGAAGAACAUCCGCAUCUGACUGUCCUCCCAUCCUGUUUCAACCCCAUAGAAGACUUGGGUCCCUGAAUUCUGCUGCGUUGACCUGGCCAGGGACCCAAGUCUUCAUUGUUGUGGGGUCUCCUGCCCUCGCUCCCCCCCGAGGUUCAGAUCGACUUGGAUGCCCAACGACUGUAAGUACAUCGAAGCUCCUCCAACCCACCGCCACACAAAUCUUCAUUGUUGUGGGGUCUCCUGCCCUCCCUCAUCUCUGCAGGCACGAGGCCGACCUAGCCGCCGCCGCUCAUCCGCUCCCGGAUGAAGACGACGACGCCUUCGAUUAG